AUUAGAUGUAUAGAUCAAGGAAGUGAUCGUUAACUACUGAAUAUAUUGCACAGAUAUAUAUCACAGAUAUUAAUGAUAAUGCACCAAUAUUUUCACACACAGAUGUAUAUAUUAGACUUAUGGAAGACAGUGAUCCAUUAAGAAGCCAAAAUAAUUAUUAUGUUGUAAAGUAAAUGCUACUGACAAGGAUAUUAAUGAAAAUGCAGAAAUCUCUUAUUAUAUUUUAGAAGAAUCUGUUCAAAACAUAAUGAUAAUGAAUGAAACUACAGGAAAAAUCAAGACAAAUGGUCACUUGGAUCGAGAAAUGAAUGCCUCAUUCAGUUUUACUGUGAUUGCUAAAGAUCUCGGUGAGCCGAGUAGAUCAGCAUCAGUCAGUAUUUAUAUUACUGUUGAAGAUUAUAAUGAUGAAUAUCCAGAAUUUAAUAAAAGAAUAUAUGAGUUUUCAAUUGUUGAAAAUCCUGUACAAGGCUAUUAUAUUGAUACUAUAAUUGUUAGUGAUAAAGAUAUUGAUGUGAAUAGUGAGUUGUCAUUUCAUCUUGAUUAUAACGAUGAAGAAGAUAUUACCUAUAUGAAUAAUGGUAAUGAUAAUAGAUAUCAUCAACAGUAUGAAUUAAGAUUUCCUUUAUAUAAACAAAAACGUUUACCACCAUUUAAAUUAACAUCGAAACGAUUAAACGAUCAACAUACCUAUGAAUUGAAUUUAUUUACCAAUGGCAAAAUUGAUCGGGAAGAAAUUAUUCGUUUAAAUCAGCGUAAAUUAAAAAUAGCAUUAGAAUAUAAUGACUAUAAGAACAUGAACUCUGAAGAAGUGGAAGAAUUGUCACGGUAUAAAUUACUGUUGACAGCGGAAGAUUCUGGAAUGCCAAAACGAAUUUCAACUGUUUUGAUUUAUAUCAAUAUCAUUGAUGUGAAUGAUGAAGCACCGAUUUUCAUUAGUCCACUUCAAGAAGAUAUGAUUUACACUUUAUCGAUUAAUGAAGCUCCGGGAUAUCAAGUUUUAAAGUUUAAAGCUAACGAUCCAGACGAUGGGAUAAAUGCUAAAAUUAAAUAUUCAUUAACAGAAUUAUCACAAACAAAACUAUACAAUGAAAAUGAAAGUUUAUCAACUUGUGAAACUUUAAGUUUUAAAUCUUUAAAACAUCAAAAUACAUCUUGUAAUCUUUUACAAUAUCUUUAUUUAAAUCAAUCAUCUGGAAGUUUAACUUUAAUUAAACAAUUACCAUUAAAUUUAUUAAAUACAACAUGUCGUCUACGUGUUGAAGCAUCAGAUAUGGGUAUAAUCCCGCUACAAACAACACGUUUAUUUUGUUUACAUUUAAUGACUACAAAUGAUUUAAAACAAGUGAAAUGGAUGUCAUACACAAAACAGUAUACACAUUCGAUAUUGCUUAAUUAUAUCAUUAAUAUUUGUAUGUAUAGCAUUUACUAUAUGGAAAUAUCCUAAAUUGGAGAUGAAUCGAACUGCUAUAAAAGAAUCAACUUCUUAUGAUGAUAAUCAUCAAAUAUCGAGAAUUCGUUGUGUCACUGAAAAAUCUAACACAUCUACUAAUGAAGAGAUAUACCAUACUGUUGUAUGUACAGAAAAUGAAUGGUCUAAUAUCAAUCCACAAUCCGCUGAAGCUAACCAAUCCCAAUAUUUAAACAAAAAUAAUUAUUAUUAUCCCUACUUCGCCGAAAGUCAAUAUCCUAGAAACCAACAAAUUUUCGAAUCGUUUCAACAAAAUAAAAAUCCUUCAUCAGAACAGUUAUUUAAUGAAUUAAAUGUAUGUGUCAAUGCAAAUUAUCCGUUAUCUUAUUCAUCGCUACCUCAACAUGGGAAAAUUUUGUUCUACGACUCACUGUAAAGAAAACUGUGCAUUUACUUAGGCGUCAAUUAUUGGAGAAAGACUUGUAAUCAUUUACAGAGAGAAAGAAACAAACGAAUUGGGAAAAAUAUUGUACAGUGUUUUGAUGUUUCAUGGGGAAUUUUUUAUAUUAGGAUAUUAUCUCCAUAAUAUUUUCUCCCUUUUUGAUCUUAAAAUUAU